AUUGUACUGCAAUGUUUUACACCAAAAUAAAAACUGCAGAGCAUAAUACUAGGUAUUUAAAUAUAAUUUCACAAAGACAUUAUUGGGAGAUACAGAUUGACAACUGAUAUUAUUGCAUUUUGUCUAAGUAGUCUGCUAUAAAUCUCAAUUGAUUUACAUUAUAAACUGUCAGAAUUUAAUUUCAUUUAUGCACAAAAUUGUUUUUUGCUUUGGUUUAUUAGAUCCCUUUCAAAUCAACCAAUUCCGCCGUUCCAGUAAUUAAUAAAAGGACAGUUAUAAAUGCUAUGGCAUAAAUUGGCAAUUUUAGAGAAUUCUGAACUGAGACAGAAGAGAAGUAAAAAGUUGGAACAGUCUUACUUGGUGUGUUUAAAACAAAUGCCCUUAGUCACAUGCGUCUGUGGUCAUUGAGUCAGUAGGAACAUGCUUCGCCUGCAUGCAUUGGUCACAUGUGCACACCCAUCCCUAAAUGGAACCUAAUAUAUAGUGGGUGAUAGGAAACCCAGCAUAUAGUGGAGGGAUCACUCAUACAGGGAUACUGCAAGGACCAUCACUUCAUUAUGGCAUCACUACUAAUGCUGGUGUUUUUAACUGCUCUCCAUGGGGUCCUCUGCUACCCUUCCUCAUUCAUUGACCUGGAAGCUAAAGGAAGUAACAAGUCAUCUAUCAGGUUCCUGGUUUUGGGGGACUGGGGUGGUCUGCCAUAUCCUCCUUAUAUUACCCCUAUAGAGACGGCCACUGCACGCAUGAUGGCCAAAACUGCUUCUCAGAUGGGCGCAGACUUCAUUUUAGCACUCGGUGACAACUUCUACUAUAAGGGUGUCAGUGAUGUCAAUGACCCUAGAUUCCAGGUCACGUUUGAAGACGUCUACACUCAGGAUUCUCUUAAUAUUCCAUGGUACAUCAUUGCUGGCAAUCACGACCAUGCGGGAAACGUCCUUGCUCAAAUCAAGUACAGCCAGAAGUCAAAGAGAUGGAACUUCCCCUACUAUUAUUAUGAGAUGAACUUCCGCAUUCCUCGAACAGACAGCACACUGACCAUCAUCAUGCUGGACACUGUGCUGCUGUGUGGAAACUCUGAUGACUUCCUUGACCAGCAACCCCAAGGUCCCCGAAGUAGCGUUCAGGCCAACAGACAGCUGCAGUGGCUUCAGGAACGUUUGGCAAAGUCUAAGGCUGAUUAUCUCCUGGUGGCUGGCCAUUAUCCGGUAUGGUCCAUAUCCGAGCAUGGGCCAACCGACUGUCUGCUGAAGAACUUGAGACCACUGCUUAAGAAGUACAAGGCUACUGCUUACCUUUGUGGCCAUGAUCACAAUCUACAAUACAUCAAGGAGUCUGGUAUUGGUUAUGUGGUUAGUGGAGCUGGUAACUUUAUGGAUCCAGAUGUGCGACACCGAAACCAGGUUCCUCGAGGCUACCUCAAGUUCUUCAAUGGAGACGCUGGCACCUUGGGUGGCUUUGCCCAUGUGGAGGUUAACAAGAAAGAGAUGACCGUUACUUUUAUCCAGGCUAGAGGAACCUCCCUUUACAGGGCUGUUCUUAAAAAGCGUGAUGAUCUUUCCGGAGUGGGUGGCAAUGUUUGAAGCUCUUAUCCAGUUUGAGUCUUUUAGCGUUAUGCUAUAAAUUAGAUGUGCUCAAGAUUAAAUGCACACUUUGAAUCUUACGUUUUUAUAGAUUAGACUUUUAAAUGGUUUAACCAAAAAUGUUCUGUAUGUCUUGAACCUGUAAGUGUUUUAAAGUGAUUGAUUAUUAAAUAACUAAACUAC